GACUUUUCUGAAGAAACCGGGAUGCCUGAGAGUUUUCUAACUAUGGAAAGUGAAAUCCGUUUCUGCAGUUAGAGAAACCGCCGGGCAUGUGCAGCGGAGGGUUAUUUUAACUCUUGAAAAUUAAUUUCUCCGCGAGGUCAUUUGAUAACAUUCCCGAGCAUACUCUGCAGCUGCCGACAUCAGAUGGCAUAAUCAUCGUCUUAGGACGUGUUGUUUACUUUUGGUUGCUUACAAACGCAAUAAAAUGAAAGUAGUGAUGCCAUUUCCUCCGGGACGCUCCAGGGGAGUGGAUGCAGUGACUGGGUAUUGUUUCAAACGUCCGAAAGUGGUUCGUGGUGGUUGUUUUGUCCAACCCCCGGGAGCAGUGCAGCCGGCCCAGAAGCCGGUCGGCGGGACUCUCCGAGAGCCUGGGGGAGGGGCAGAGGUCGGCCAGCCGCAGGAAAGUUAGUGGGGUUUCAAGUUUGUCCUCACCUACAUGAUACUGAUACACAGGGGCUUAUAGUAUUUUUUAAAAAAUAAUAUUCAACUACAAGAUGGCCUGUCGGCUAAUGCAUCAUCUGUUUGAUUUUUCUGGCCUUGUCGGGAGCAUCUUUGGGGAACCUGUAAGUGUUUGAAUGAGAACUAAAUCUGGGCACGUUGGAAAUCACUAAGCCAGCAUUAGCACUCUAUGAAAGGGUUUUCCAUAAUAUUUACUAGAACGGUUGGCUAAAAAUUGCUCUGCUUCACCCGCUGAAUGGCUGUGUAAUUAAAUCAGCCCUGGAGAGCCUACCUUGAGCACCUCCCAUCUCGGUGUCUGCGCGGAUGAAAUUUGCAUGGAGAGAAGACACGGUUCAAUGUGCAGACCUUCUCCCUCCCCGGUGUCUCCACCCUCCAACUCUAGGACAUCACUAGUCCAGGUGAAAACAAAAGCCUGUCUCAGCGGCCAUAACUCUGCCAGCAGCACCUCAAAGCCAUUCAAAACGCCCAAAGACAAUCUACUUACCUCCAGCAGCAAACAGCACACAGUCUUUUCUGCGAAGGGAUCCAGGGACAAACCAUGCGUUCCAGUUCCCGUAGUCAGCUUAGAGAAAAUUCCUAACCUAGUGAAGGCAGAUGGUGCCAAUGUCAAAAUGAACUCUACAACCACUACUGCGGUCACCUCCUGCUCCACCCCAUCCUCUGCCGUCUCCGCCCCGUCUUUAAUUAAGCCGGUCUCGAUGUCCAAGUCAGUGCCACCUUCCCCAGAGAAGAUCUUAAAUGGCAAAGGGAUUUUGUCCUCCACAAUAGACAAGAAACACCAGAAUGGCACCAAAAACAACAACAAGCCUUACAGGAGACUUUCAGAGAGAGAAUUUGACCCAAAUAAACACUGUGGAGUAUUGGAUCCCGAGACAAAGAAACCUUGCACAAGAUCCCUCACCUGCAAGACACAUUCCCUAAGCCAUCGGAGGGCAGUCCCAGGCCGGAAAAAGCAGUUUGACCUCCUUCUGGCGGAACACAAAGCCAAGUCCCGGGAAAAAGAAGUUAAGGAUAAAGAACAUCUCCUGACUUCGGCGAGGGAAGUACUUCCAAACGCGUCCGGGCCGGCGCAGGACUGUCUGCCGGGAUCUUCAGGGACCUCAGGCCCAGAACCUAAAGUCGCGUCCCCUGCGAAAUCCAGGCCCCUUAACUCUGUGCUUCCCAGACCAUCAUCUGCAAAUAGCAUAAGCAGCAGCACAUCUUCAAAUCACAGUGGCUACACUCCGGAACCCCCGCUGCCCCCAGUUGGAGGAGACCUCGCCAGCCGACUGUCGAGUGAUGAGGGGGAGAUGGACGGGGCCGACGAUUCCGAGAAGUUAGACUGCCAUUUCUCCACCCACCAUCCUAGACCUCUUGCGUUUUGCUCAUUCGGGAGUCGGCUCAUGGGACGAGGGUACUAUGUGUUCGACAGAAGAUGGGACCGUUUUCGAUUCGCACUAAACUCCAUGGUAGAAAAACACUUGAAUUCACAGAUGUGGAAGAACAGAAACCCGAGCCACAGGGCAUCAGGUCCCUCCCCCCUUUUCAGGACUUGCCUAACCAAUCUGCUGUCACUGAGCAACAUUGGGGCUGCCUGGGUGUCAACACUGGAGAGCGUAGCACCCCGCUACCCUCUCAACCUCGCUGCCCAAACCCCAGGCCCCGACGGGCCCGAACCUGGAGGGAUGGCAGCCGAUGGGGGCGUGGAAGACAUUAGGAAGAAAAGGAACGGCCAAGACUCUUUUUUCUUUAACAAGCAUUUAACUCUGCAUCAGGAGACGCCAGCACAGUAUUCUCUUUCAGCCAGGAAGAUCCCACCUGCGGCAGAUAGCCCCAUGCCCUCGCCAGCAGCCCACAUCACCACCCCUGUUCCAGCAUCCGUUUUACAGCCUUUCAGCAACCCCAGUGCUGUGUAUCUUCCUUCAGCUCCCAUCAGCUCGAGACUCACCUCUUCUUACAUAAUGACAUCAGCCAUGCUCUCAAAUGCAGCUUUUGUGACAUCGCCGGACCCGAGCGCCCUCAUGUCACACACCACAGCUUUCCCUCAUGUGGCCGCAACCCUCAGCAUCAUGGACUCAACCUUCAAGGCCCCAUCUGCCGUGUCCCCGAUACCAGCUGUCAUACCUUCCCCAUCCCACAAGCCAUCCAAAACCAAAACCAGCAAAUCCUCAAAAGUCAAAGACCUGUCCGCCCGUAGCGACGAGUCUCCAAGUAACAAAAAGAGGAAGCCGCAGUCUUCGACUUCCUCCUCCUCCUCCUCCUCCUCCUCAUUAUCCCUGCAGACAUCCUUCUCGUCCCCAUUGUCAGGGCCCCACAAAAAGAACUGUGUUUUGAAUGCCAGUUCCGCUUUGAACUCCUAUCAGGCGGCCGCUCCCUAUAACAGUCUGUCCAUGCACAACUCAAACAAUGGGGUGAGCCCACUCAGUGCCAAACUGGAGCCUUCAGGACGGACCUCGCUGCCCAGCGGCCCCGCGGACCUAGUGAGACACGUGGGCUCGGUGGGCGGCAGCAGUGACUCCUGUCCCCUCUCUGUGCCCUCCCUUGCAGGGGACCUCUCUCUGGCCUCACACAAUGCCGUGUCUUCUCUGCCCCUCUCUUUUGACAAAUCAGAAGGAAAAAAGCGUAAGAACUCAAGUUCUAGUAGCAAAGCCUGUAAAAUCACUAAAAUGCCUGGAAUGAAUAGCGUUCACAGAAAGAACCCGCCCAGCCUUCUGGCACCGGUGCCUGAUCCCGUUAACAGCACCUCCUCUCGGCAGGUUGGGAAAAACAGCAGCCUAGCUUUGUCACAAUCCAGUCCUUCAAGCAUAUCCAGCCCCGGACACAGCCGACAGAAGACCACAAACAGAACUGGCAGGAUAAGGACUCUUCCAUAACAAGACUAUGAAGCCACUUCCAAACCAAUGCCUGGCCCCCGGACCCCACCCCUGGAGGCUGAGGCCGGAGGAGGGAGGGGCGUGGGCAGUGGGAGAGAGUCUAUUUCCUGUGCCCUGCCUGUGGCUCUGGCCUUUCUUCUUUUUUUAAUUGACCAAUUUUUAGUUUUGAGGAAAAAGAAAAAAGGCAAAAGAACUCAAAUUUGAGAUUUACAGAAAACAGUACCAGUGUUUUGUUUCCGUUCUUUCAUUUGCCACGUGUAUACCUUCCUCGGAGUUUGGGGUCAUUCCUCUAGCUUCUGAUGCUGCUACUGCAUCAUCUUGCUCCCGCCCCGAGAGCAGACACUGCAGAAUGUCAGUUCCUGGUUGGCGUCCUCUGAAACUCUUGAACUUGAGCACUGGCGGUGCUGCUUUCCUCGUUCUCUCCCACCCAUCCCUUCCAUCACCUCCUACCUGCCACUCUCUGGGUCCCCACAGGCCAUCAGAGGAGCGGGCUCUCCCAAGCUCCCCUCUGGACGGCAUGCUGGGGGAGAAGGGUCUUUGCUGGGAAGCAGCCCGUGUUUGGGGAGAGCUGGAGAGUGGGCUGAGUGCCUUCCUCAGGUUCCUAGGGCACUUCAGCACAGUGGGAGCCAGAUGCUGUGGGCAGAGUUGAGAACAGCGGCCAUUUAAUGAUGGGGCUCAUGCAGGACCGCAGUCCAGCUGUGCAUCUCGGGUUAGGGGAGGGGCGGGAACGGGCCUAGGACGUGGCGGGAAGAAGGGCGUGGGGGUGGGAGAAAAUAUCCUCAAAAGAUGAUGGGAACUGGGCCACUGUGAUCAUCUGAGCUUGGAAUUCACGCUGCAAAAUCCCUUCCAGGGCACCGGGUUCGAGGGCCGAAACCUGGGCGAGUCCCAGGGGGAGGAGUCCCAGGGAAAAGGGCAGGAGUCCCCAGAAAGCCACUCAGGAGGAGGUACGGUGCCCACAGCUGUGGAAGUUCCCAAGCUGCCCUCCAGGGCUAGGCAAGAUGAGGAAAAGCGGGGCUGAAGGCAGGGCCUGCGGGAAAGCUGCCCUGGAGGGUUAAUUGCCAAACUGCCAAACCCCCAAUGAGAAGGAAUACUAACGUUGCCCACCCAUCUCCGUGGCCUGGGCUACAGGGCCCCGUGGACUCUGCACACCCAUGGGUCAGCUCCAGGCAGGUUAUGAGGAGCUCCCACGCAGACACCGCCACCCCAGGAAGGAGUGGUCAGGCCACUGUUCAUGGAGAAGAGCUGGGAGGGAGAAGCUGGAGGCCUGCAGCUGUAAAAUUGUCAUACUGGGGUUUUGAAAGAACUGCAAUAUCCUGAGCUCUAGUUGGGAAUCAUAAUCAGGAGAUGAAUUCACCAUAUAUAAUAGGUAUUCUGUGCUGUGAAUCGUGUAACUUUGCAUACGAUAUAAUGGCAGAGAAUCUGAGGAGGUUUUGCUUCAGCCCUAAGUCAGAAAUGAAUACCUAUUUUGCAGCUGGACAUAAACCCUCAUCUCCACCCUGAAGUUUUCCUUUUCUUUCCCAUUCCCCACCCCUACCCCAAAACCCAAACCCAAAGAUCAGACUACUGUUCAGUUUCACCACGUGAUUGGAUUUUGCGAAGACGGGAGGCAAAUGGAGUGAUUUGCAUCAAUGGAGUUGCACUGACAGUGUUUCUUAAUAGGAUUACUAAAAUUUUUAAUAUAAAAUGAUUUUUUAAAAAUCAGGAGUUGAUAUUAGGUACUAGGACAUUAGUUCAGAUGAUUUCAUUUUUAUUUCUACAGUGUUAAAAGUGCACUUAUAUGCUGGUUUAUUUCCAUCUUGGGAAAAAGAGACUGCAAAUUGAAGGGAAGAUUGUUACUUUUUUCUUUUAAAAAAAAGGUUAAGGCAGAUUUUAAGACUUAUAAAUGUUUAAGAAAUUAUAAACAAGGUUAGACCCUUUGAAAAAAGUUUAGAAGAUAUUCUUAAAGUAAAUUUUUAUAGUGUUAAUUUUGUAAUAAUUUAUGUUUUACUAUAUUACAGAGCUAACUGACCAGAAUAGUUUCAGAAACAAUAUGAAACUUAGGAAAGUUGAAGCAAUGUUUAUAUUUUUAAAAUGUUCUUUGAAUUAUGUUUUUAUUGUACAUUUCUCCAGACUGAAAAGUAUGUACAUAUCUUUGUUAUUUUUGCACAAUUUUUGUCUCGUUCGGUUUUAGAAGUCUUUUUUUUUUUAAUAACUUAUUUUGAGUUGUAAUACUUGCAGGAGUAAAAACAAACAAAAUCUCAGCAACAGAAUAACCCUCUGAUUUAUAAACUCUUAACUCAAAGAGGGAAAACAAAGGUUGAGAGAUUAAGUGGCUGCUUCUGAGAAAUAAUGUCUCGACAGGGACUAAAGGAGCAAUUCAGUGGAUUUUAAACAUUUUAGCUCUCUACAUCUUGAAUUGCAAGCUGGAAUAAAGAGGCUCCCCACCGAAUGCUGCUUACUUGGUGAAAGACUGGCUCUGACCAAGGUGAGGACAUUUCUGGAAAACUGAGCAAAAAGGGAAAACCCACGGUGUUUCUUCCUUCACGAUCAACUACAGGUUUACUUUAUAAUGAUGUAUUCAAAACUCACAGCUUGAAACGUGGAAUGCAAAUAAAAGGUUUUCUUUCGGUUUGUUUGAAUGGAGUUCAACUGGACCCGGCUAUAAAGCAUCAUUAGGGGGAUAUCCUUUGGGUACAUGUGUUCUGCACACCCCACUCAGCCCUCUCUCCCGGCCCCUUGACUGCACACACCCCCGUCUGCCUGAAGAUCUAGUGACUUGUUGUCAGCCACAGAGGCUCGAAAGCUCUGGUUGUUAAGCAUCACACAAUGCAUAGACCUGUCAGCCAUAAAAAAAAAAAAGAAAAAAGAAAAAAAAAAAGCGACCUGGAUAACUUGUAUGCCUUCUUUUGUAUCAA